UGGGCUUGGCAUCAUUACCGAGGCCGACUACUAUAGUCGCUGUCGAUUGGCCAAGGCUUCGAACAAAAGUAGAAUCAUUUGUAUAGCAUUCUUUGAAGUGUCUGAUUACUGGAGCGUCACCAGGCUCGGCGGGUGAUGCCAUGGCCCGGCAACUUUUGAGUGAGGGGCACGAUAUCUACGUGACUUCUCGCGAUGUAGCUCGUCUCAAAGAGCUGCAAACUAUGGGCGCACAUACUUUCAACCUGGACGUUACUUCGUCAAAAUCCAUCAAAGCACUCUCAGACUCUAUAACAGCUCUCGAUGUACUCAUCAACAAUGCGGGAUGUUUACCAAGCGGUCGAUUGAGAGAGGCUACUAUCGAAGAAGUGGAAAUGUGUUUCCGGACCAACGCAUUCUCAGCAAUCACAAUGACAAACGCUUUUCUUCCACAACUGCGGGCCUCCAAGGGAAUUGUGGUUAAUCACGGAUCCAUAACUGCAGAUUUGCCCUUGUUGGGCUUUGGUGUUUAUUCCGCCUCGAAAGCUGCGCUGGCGGCUUUGAACGAUAUCCUUCGCCACGAACUUGCGCCAUUGGGGAUUCGGGUUGUCUACCUUCGCAGUGGUUUUAUAUCAACCCCUCUGCUGGCAACAACUGAAUCAAACCAGGUGGGAGCUACACCUCUGUCAUCCUCAUAUCAGCAUUUCAUCAAGAAGGCAAUCGACAGAGGAGUCUUUGCGAAAAAAGUGGUUCGCAAGCUUCUCGAAAAUCGGGCUCGUCCCCCGACCCAGAUAGCCUGUGGCUAUCUCUGCUUCAUCGCUCCUCUGGUCCGUUGGAUGGAACCAUGGAGAGGAGCCUUUGACAGACUCUAUCAGAAGCUAGCGGGCGUCCCUCAGCUUUCUGGAUGAAGGGGCUACAAGGUGUGGCGCCACUGGAAUGGUCAAAUGGGUAAUCUGGAAGGUGGUUGAAUUAGCUGGGUUCUCCGUGAGUGAACAAGCCUGGUAAUGCCUUUGGAUCACAUGGCCGAAUCACUCGGGAACACCGACACAUUUGAUCUGCUUUUCGUGUGCUAUUGUAGCGGAAAGCCACCACAGGCUCUCGUACAUUCUUGGAGGCAAAAAAAGAC